GGGAAAGUGAACACCUCCCUUAUUCUCGAAACCCUCAAGUUACAACCCUCUCCCUAUCCACCUCCUCUAUCACCCUACCUCCGCCCCUGACCGUCCUCGUUCCCUCCUUCCGACGUCUCCUGUGCUGCGAGCCACGACGUCGCUAGCAAAGUUCCCGGAAUACCAAACUCGCCCGUAAUGGGCGAAGACUUGCCAUUCGGUCUGCUGAUAUCCUGCCUGCAGAAUGCCUCUGUUGCCGUCGUUCUCUGCGGGUUUCUGGGGCUCAUUGGGUUGGGGGUCUUAGCUGUGAGAUAGCCUAAUUCAUUCCUUGGGGUGGAAGAUCAGUGUUUUAGGGUGGCUGAUUGAGCUCCUGGAUAUGUAUAGUCUUACAUCCUCAUCCUACUUGUCGCUCAUACGCCCCGUCGCGAGACAGACUCAGAAAGAACUUACCAGACCAUCACCAAGGACGGGAAAACCACACCAGCACUUCCCUUACCGGAUACGUAUUCGAGUGGGAAAGCAGAGGUUGCGCUCUCGGUAGUGGUUCCCGCGUACAAUGAAUCAGAGCGAUUGCCGGAUAUGCUCGCUGAAGCCGUGACCUUCCUUCAUGACGAAUAUGGCCCGAACAAGAAGGAGAUCAACGGGAAUGCAAACGGUACCGGUGCCACCACCGGUUGGGAAAUCCUCAUUGUAGACGAUGGCUCCACCGACUCCACCGCCGGUGUCGCUCUCAACUGGGCCCGCUCGCAAAUUCACCUUAGAGAUAUCAAGGAAGGCGACAUCCGGGUAUGCGUGCUCGAGAAGAACCGCGGAAAAGGUGGUGCUGUAGCCCAUGGAAUGCGACAUGUUCGUGGGGAAUACGCUGUGUUUGCGGACGCCGAUGGUGCCAGUAAGUUCAGCGACGUAAAGUCCCUGCUGCAGGAACUACGCAGUGUGGAAGACGACGGCUUUGGCAUUGCAGUCGGCAGCAGAGCCCACAUGGUCACUACAGACGCCGUUGUAAAGGUAAAUCCUCCUAUUUCAUCCGAUUAAAGUUAAUAGUAGAGAACAACCCUAACUCUCAAUCACCAGCGCUCAUUCAUCCGUAACUUUCUCAUGCACUCGUUCCAUACGCUCCUCAAGACCUUCGGCAUCAGACAUAUCCAUGAUACACAAUGCGGGUUCAAACUCUUCUCUAGAGCCGCGAUCAGGGACAUAUUCCCAUUCAUGCACACCGAGGGGUGGAUCUUUGAUAUAGAGAUCUUACUGCUGGCGGGCUACUUGAGUGUUCCUGUGGUGGAGGUCCCGAUCACAUGGCACGAAGUUACCGGCACGAAAAUGCGGCUGGUCCAGGACUCUAUCCGUAUGGCCUGGGAUCUGGGUGUUGUUAGGCUGGGGUAUAUUUGGGGGGUUUAUAGAGUUGGUCUCGGGGGUCCUUCAAAAAAGAGGCGUUAA